CCUCAGUUCCUCUUUCUCGAUUAAUCUUCCUAUUCUCUUUGAUCGAUUGGUAGACAGAUUCCAUGAGGUUUAGCAGCGAGGCGACCUCCUCCGGCUGCGGCUUGGACGCGAACGCGCCGCUCCUCCCGUCGGUUGCUGGGAGCGACUACCACGGGCGGCGGCUGUCGUCGCAGCCCAAGACGUUCGCGAACGUGUUCAUCGCGAUCGUAGGCGCCGGCGUGCUGGGGCUCCCCUACGCCUUCCGGCGCACCGGAUGGGCCGCCGGCGCCAUUCUCCUCCUUGCCGUCGCCGCCCUCAGCUUCCAUUGCAUGAUGCUCCUCGUCCGCACCCGCCGCCAACUAAAUCUCGAGCAUUCCGCCAAGAUCGCCUCUUUCGGCGACCUCGGCCUUGCCGUUGCCGGUCCCCUCGGCCGUCUCGCCGUCGACGCCAUGAUCGUCCUCAGCCAGGCUGGUUUCUGCAUCGGCUACCUCAUCUUCAUCUCCAACUCCUUCACCCACCUCCUCCCCGCCUCCCUCACCUUCCUCCCCUUCCUCUCCUCCAAUGCCAUCUACGUGCUCACCAUGCUUCCUUUCCAGCUUGGCCUCAACUCGAUACAGACCCUCACCCUCCUCGCCCCGCUCAGCAUCUUCGCCGACGUUGUCGACAUUGGCGCUAUGGGCGUCGUCAUCGCCGAGGACGUCUCCAUCAUGCUGUCCAGCCCCCCGCCGCUCAACGCCUUCUCCGGUCCCUCCGUCCUCCUCUACGGCAUCGGGGUCGCCGUCUACGCCUUCGAAGGCGUCGGCAUGGUCAUCCCUCUGGAGGCCGAGGCCGCCGACAAGCCCAAGUUCGGGCGCACCCUUGGCCUCUCCAUGGCCUUCAUCGCGCUCCUGUACGGUCUCUUCGGCGUGCUCGGCUACGCAGCCUUCGGCGAGGAGACCCGGGAUAUCAUCACCACCAACCUCGGCGUCGGCGCUCUUAGCUUGCUUAUCCAGCUGGGCCUCUGCAUCAACCUCUUCUUCACGUUCCCAGUAAUGAUGAAUCCGGUGUUCGAGGUGGCAGAGCGGUGGGUGUGCGGGAAACGGUACUGUUGGUGGCUGCGGUGGGCCGUGGUGGUGGCGGUGAGCCUGGUGGCCACGCUGGUGCCCAACUUCGCCGACUUCCUGUCGCUGGUGGGCAGCAGCGUGUGCGUCGUGUUGGGGUUCGUGCUUCCGGCGUUGUUCCACCUCAAGGUUUUCGGCUCUGAGCUCGGAUGGGCUGGCGCAACCGUAGACAUCGCCAUCCUCAUCAUCGGCUUGACGCUGGCCAUCUCCGGCACUUGGUCUUCUCUCAUGACCAUCUUCAACUCCGUGCAGCUAGAUAGGGUGCUUAUUAGAAAUGGAUCUAUCGGAAUGUAAGGCAGGGGAAUGGCUCUCAGCUUCUCUAGUAUUAAUUGACGAGAAGAGCGAGAGGGAUUAGAAUCAUCCCAAUUCUUUUAUAGAAUCCAGUUGUUGCUUCUCAGUCUGAAUAAAUUUGUAUUCAAACUUGUCAUAAGAUGCAUUAUAUACGAAUUGGUAAUGUUGAUGUGCAAAAUGAUGCUUCUAAUGUUACGCAAGAUAAAAGGUAAUGUCUGCAUAAGGCAUUAUUUAUCGUUGUAUGCAUCUUCUAUUUUAUCUGCUAAU